AUAUACUUAACUAAUCACAUUGCUCUUCUUCCCCGCGGCAUCCCAAUUCCAUUUCCGCUUUUCCGAAAUCCAUGGAUAGAUUGAUUCAGCAGGUGCUUCGGCGGCCACAGCCUCCGCCGCUGCAAAAUUUUCAGAGUUCAUUGGUUUCAAAGAUUCAAAUCUUUUUUUUGCGCAUGCGUAAACCGAGCUGAAUUUCAGAGGCCUAUAUAUACAGCAUCCCUCAUGCAGCAUGCCAUGCUCAUCUCAUCCAAGAUUCAGACAAAAACAUUCCUUUGUCUACAACAAGAUCAAGAAACCCAAAAGCUAAGCAUUAGCUCAUCCAUCUUAAUCCAUCAGAGUUGAUUAGCUAGUAGUUGAGAGUUGAUUAGUAGCUUGCCUUUGAACAUGGAAGGGGGCAAGAUGAGCAGCAUGGGCAUGGAUGCUGCUUCAGCUUCUGUUACUGUCCCUCCCAUGCAGAUGCAGGCAGGUGAUCAGAGCAACAGGAUCGCCAUCAUCAUCUCUCCAAGAGCCGGGAGCUCCAAGAUCCUGCCAUUCGAGCUUGUCAAUGGUGCCGCCAAUGCCGGCUCGCAACGGCACGCUGAUCCAGCAGAAUCCACUCCUGAAGCUCAUCAUCAUCUAUGGCAUCCAGUAGACCUCCCAAAGAUAAAACCACCAGUUCCUCUUGUCAAGAAGGUGGGUGCAGAGUUCUUUGGCACAUUCACACUGAUCUUCACAGUGCUGUCCACCAUCAUCAUGGAUGAACAACACAAAGGUGUAGAGUCCCUCCUCGGCAUCGCGACAUCGGCAGGAUUAGCAGUGACAGUACUGGUUCUGUCACUCAUCCACAUUUCAGGCUGCCACCUGAACCCGGCUGUCAGCAUUGCCAUGACUGUCUUUGGUCAUCUUCCUCCUGCUCAUCUUCUUCCUUACAUUGCUGCACAAAUCCUCGGCUCGAUCACCGCAUCGUUCGCCGUCAAAGGGAUGUAUCAUCCGGUGAACCCCGGGAUUGUGACGGUGCCAAAGGUUGGGACAGUGGAAGCAUUCUUCCUGGAGUUUGUUACAACGUUUGUCCUACUGUUCAUCAUCACUGCUCUUGCCACUGACCCCAAUGCAGUUAAAGAGCUGAUAGCAGUGGCAGUCGGAGCAACAAUCAUGAUGAACGCUCUUGUCGCAGGGCCAUCGACAGGAGCAUCAAUGAAUCCAGCAAGAACACUUGGCCCGGCCAUUGCAACAGGGAGAUACACACAGAUUUGGGUUUAUUUGGUUGCUACCCCACUUGGUGCUGUAGCUGGAGAAGGGUUUUAUUUUGCAAUCAAGCUGUAGUUACCUUCAGGGAAAAAAAAGUGAUCAUUGGAGCAUGUUAAACUACCUGAACUUAAAUACAGCACAUUCUUUACAAAUUCAUGAUAUUGAUCAAGCAGCAUGUUAGGACUGCCUAAGAUGUAGAUGUAUACACAAAGUAGUAGUGAUGAUGAAUUGGUGGUCUCUCUUGUACUGAAAUUGUACAGUUCAUUUUUUUUCAUUUUAAUGUAUAAAUAAUAAAAUAUAUACAGUUCAAUUUGAAUUGCUA